CUUAAUUUUGAUUUAGGUUUUAUUAUAAAACAUUUUUUUUUCACAAUAAAACACUUUUUUAGUUUUUUCUGUCAAAAAAAGAAGAAGUGCGAAAUAAAAUCAUGUCAACAGCUUUUUUGUUUACAAUUAUAUUGAUACUGAAUAAAGCAAGAUUUUGUGAAGCCAUCAUCUAUAAUCUUAUUGAGAACCACGUAACUGAAUCAUUUAAAGGAAACAAACUUACAGUUAUUCCAAAACUUUAUGAACAGUUUUUAGUAACAUUUGAUUUUCAACAAAAUGAAUUUCCAUUAUUAGAUUGGUACAGUAUUCUUCAACUCACAAUUGGAAAUAAUGAUUAUAAUUUUGGCAAUCGUAUACCAAGCAUUUAUUUAUCUCCGAAUAAAGAAAUAGAGAUUUGCUUUACUGUAAGCAAUAAUUUCGAAGAUAAUUGCUUCGUAAUACCAACGCAAUAUAAGUUAAACCAAUGGAUAAAAUUGGAAAUUAGUCAAUUUUGGAAUUGCAGUCAUUAUGUGUACUCAAUAAAAAUGAAUGGCAUUUGUGUGCAUUCUAAAAUUAACUACAACUUUCGAGCUUUUCAAAAUGUUAUUGUAUAUACUUCAAGUCCAUGGUACGAAACAAAGGCUUUCAUAAAAAACCUUAUUAUUAUUAGUGGCAACAUAAGUUCAUGGAUAUCAUGGAGCAGUUGGUCUACUUUCAGUACUGUUUAUGAUUAUGGAGAAAUAAACAGAACAAGAGUGUGCAAUCCAUCACAACCUGCACCAUGUUGUAAAGGCAGCAGCACUGAAGUAAAAGAAUGCAUUGUAAAAACAUAUUCAGAUUUUUCCAAGUCCUUAUGGAAUGUUUCCAAUGUAGUCACUCUAAAUGGAUAUAGUUUAAGAAUGAACUUGGAGAUUUAUCCCGUAUUUAAAGUAAUAUUAAAUGCUUAUUUGGAAUUUGAGUAUUUCUUGCCACCAUAUUUUUACUUUACAACUGAAAAUGUAAUUCAAGGUUUUGUUAGGUCUGAUGCCAAUCGUAUGAAGUACUUUUUCAAUGGAAGUAUCGAUUCCUUUCAAUCAUUUAAUUACAGUUUUACAGCAACUAUUCUUUGUACUAAAUGCCCUAUACCAGGAACGUUUACCAUGGACAUUCCAUUGAAAGUAUCAACUCAAGUGGAACUUGGUUACCAAAUAACAUUUUUUAAAACAUUUCGAGUUAUAGUUGAAUGUUUUAGGACUUUCAAAAUUCCAUUUGUUAGCGAGAAAAAUGUUCUUAAAGAAAGUUAUGGACGUGGUCUUUAUUGGGAUGUUGAAAACUUUUACAUUUAUGUCUGUAUGAACCAACAAUUUUCAAGUACACAAGUGGCAUGUUAUUUUUCAAAAGAUGAAGGAAAUUCAUGGUUCGAGCUAGAUGUACGUAUUGGUUCUGUUCUCGGUCACCACUCAAUAACUAAACAACUAUAUGCAAUCCAUCGAAACCAGAAAACAUUCAUGAUGUUUUGUCAGAAAAAAAAAAAAUGGUUAUCAUUGACGAACCAACAAUUUUAUGAUACAGCUUUUGGUUAUAUUGAUGCAUCAAUGCGAAAAGGUAUGGAAGGUGAUUAUGAUCAAACUUACACUUUUGGAUCAAACCAAUGGUUAGGAAACGCUAAAGGUUUGUUUUUUCGAAAGUUUAGUUAUGAUUCCUGGAAACUAAUAUUAAAAUGGUCUUAAUAAUUACCAUCAUGUAUAUUGAAAGGUGUUGUUUGCAUAUAUAAAAGUGGAGAUAUUUUGAUGUAUAUUUGCUUUUUAUAUAUUAUUGCUUUACUUGUCGUUUUUCUCUCCCUUUCUUUUUCUCUCUUUCUCUCUCUCUCUCUCUCUCUCUCU